CAUGGACAGAUUGUUCAAUUCAAACUCUCAGACAUUGGAGAAGGCAUUAGAGAAGUAACUGUUAAAGAAUGGUAUGUAAAAGAAGGAGAUACAGUGUCUCAGUUUGAUAGCAUCUGUGAAGUUCAAAGUGAUAAAGCUUCUGUUACCAUCACUAGUCGUUAUGAUGGAGUCAUUAAAAAACUCUAUUAUAAUCUAGACGAGAUUGCCUAUGUGGGAAAGCCAUUAGUAGACAUAGAAACGGAAGCUUUGAAAGAUUCAGAAGAAGACGUUGUUGAAACUCCUGCUGUGUCCCAUGAUGAACAUACACACCAAGAAAUCAAAGGCCAAAAAACGCUAGCAACUCCUGCAGUUCGUCGCCUUGCAAUGGAAAACAAUAUUAAGUUGAGUGAAGUUGUGGGCUCAGGAAAAGAUGGCAGAAUACUUAAAGAAGAUAUUCUCAACUAUUUGGCAAAGCAAACAGGAGCUAUAUUACCUCCUUCACCCAAAGCUGAAAUUGUGCUGCCUCCACCAAAACCCAAAGACAGGACUAUUCCUAUACCAAUAUCAAAACCUCCAGUACUCACAGGCAAAGACAGAACAGAACCCCUAAAAGGCUUUCACAAAGCAAUGGUGAAGACCAUGACUGCAGCCCUGAAGAUUCCUCACUUUGGGUAUUGUGAUGAGGUUGACCUUACUGAACUGGUUAAGUUACGAGAAGAAUUAAAACCUAUUGCUUUUGCUCGUGGAAUUAAACUCUCCUUUAUGCCCUUCUUUUUAAAGGCUGCUUCCUUGGGAUUACUACAGUUUCCUAUUCUUAAUGCAUCUGUGGAUGAAGACUGCCAAAACAUCACAUACAAGGCUUCUCAUAAUAUUGGGAUAGCAAUGGAUACUGAGCAGGGCUUGAUUGUGCCCAAUGUGAAAAAUGUUCAGAUCUGCUCUAUCUUUGAGAUUGCCACUGAAUUGAACCGUCUCCAAGAGUUGGGCUCUGCAGGUCAGCUCGGAACUGCUGAACUUACAGGAGGGACAUUUACUCUUUCCAAUAUUGGAUCAAUUGGUGGUACUUAUGCCAAACCAGUGAUAUUGCCACCAGAAGUAGCAAUUGGGGCUCUUGGAUCAAUUAAGAGCCUUCCUCGAUUUAACCAGAAAGGAGAAGUAUAUAAAGCCCAGAUAAUGAAUGUGAGCUGGUCAGCUGAUCACAGAGUCAUUGAUGGUGCUACAGUGUCCCGCUUCUCUAAUUUGUGGAAAUCCUACUUAGAAAACCCAGCUUUUAUGCUACUAGAUCUGAAAUGAAGAUGGAUAAGACAUCCUUGAACUUUUUGGACUUCCAAAGAAUAUGUAAAGCUUAGCUGUGACAGCACAUGUUUUUGAUUGCAAUUUGUAUAAUAAAUGAUUUAUAUUGUAUGAUCAAGGUUCUAAGGGAAAAUAUUCAUUGCUAUUCUGUUAGACUUUUUUACUGAAAGUGAGUAAUGGUGUGAUUGUUCUCCUGGGCUGUCCUGUUACAUAUUAUAGGUCAUAGUGUGACUUUAGUAUGCUGUUGAGGUCUUUAUGUCAAUGGAUUGAAAUUGGCAAGAACA